AUGGGAGACUUCAACAUCAUUACGAGUCUUGAUGAAAAGCUUGGUGGGAGCCAAGUAGUCACAAAUUAUAUGCUCAAUUUCUAUGAUUUUUUAAACAAUGAAAAUCUUUUCUCCUUGAGAGCUUUUGGAAUCCCUUAUACUUGGACAAAUAAACAUGAAGAUGAUUCUAUUAUUUUUGAGACAUUGGAUAGGGUCUGUGUUAACACAAGCCUUCUCAAUGACUGUCCAGAUAUUAAGUUGGAAAAUCUUCCAAUUAUUGGCUCUGAUCAUGGACUUAUUUGUCUAACACUCAAUAACAUGAAGAAAAAGAAAAAUAGAUGUUUUAAAUUUGAAGCAAUUUGGCUCUCACAUAAGGAGUUUAUACCUUUGGUUGAAAAUAUUUGGAACCAAAAACACAAUACUAAUCCUUUAUUGAAUUUUGUCACCAUUGCAAAUCAAUUCUCCAGCCAGGCACAAAGCUGGAACAAAAAUGUCUACGGAAACCUCUUCAGGAAGCUGGAGGAGCUAAAUGAAAGAAGUAAGCUUAUUCAACAAUAG